UAAUGUGGUCAAUUAAACUGCUUUAACUUUUCUUUUUGCCUUCUUUAACAUCCAGUGACCUAAUUAAUUUUUCAUAUAUCAAUAUCCGUGCGUCCUUCUUGCCUGUUUCUCAAGGUACAAACAGGUUUUAAGACUUGUACAUUAUAGGAUAUCAAAUUUAUAAUAAACAUGCUCCUAAGACAUAUUGAAUCUUGCUUUUUGGAAAAUUAUGCAUUAGCUCCUCCAUUUUCCAUCAUGUCUUUUUUCCUCAUGCCUGUUGUUGCUGUGUCUAUGUCCUGUAUGUGUGGACAUGCUUCUGAGAUGUUUCUUAUUUAAAUCUGGUACUUGUACCCAGUUUUUUGUAGUCUUUAUGUCCUAAUUGUAUUUUUGUUGAGAUAUCAAGUUUCUGGAUUAUUUUUCAUUGAUGACAAUCGUUGAGGUAUCAACUUUCAAUAAUUUAUUUGCGUAAGACGAGAAAAUUAAUUGGCACUGGAAGAAAUUGGUUUCUUUGUCUUUUUUUUGCUAUUUAGUUUUUUUCAAUACUUCAACCAACCAUAUAAAGACAUGAACACACACAAAUUGUAUUUUGUAAACGGUUGUUUCAUGUACUACAUUUUUUGUGCAGGGUGGUGACUUUUCAAAAGGAAAUGGCACUGGUGGAGAAAGUAUCUAUGGAGGGAAGUUUGCUGAUGAAAACUUCAAGCUGGAUCACAGUAGGCCUGGUUUUCUCUCUAUGGCAAAUGGUGGUCCAAACACAAAUGGUUCCCAGUUCUUCAUAACUUUUAAGCGUCAACCACAUCUUGAUGGAAAACAUGUUGUUUUUGGAAAGGUUUUGAAGGGAAUGGAUGUUGUUAAAAAAAUUGAACAGGUAGGAACUGCUGAUGGUAAACCAUUGGGGUUGGUGAAAAUUGUGGACUGUGGCGAGACACCUGUGAGUAAAAUGCAUGAUUCUGUUGGAGCAGGGAAAGGAAAAAAGAAAACACCAACAAAAGCUCUUUCAUCCGAUGAUAGUUCUGACAGUGAAGCAAAAGGGAAACGCCAUGCAUCUCGUAAGGAAAGGAGGAAAGAGAGAAGAAAGAGAUACUCUUCAUCUGAUUCAUACAGCUCUGAUACAGAUUCUGAUUCCGCUUCAUCUGAGACAGAUACUGAUUCGGAGUCUGAAUCAGAUUCUGAAUCAGAGUCUCAUUCUUCAAGUUCUUCAAGUGAUGGGAGACGGAGGAAAAAAAGGAAGUUGACCAAGAGAGGUAGACAUCAACAUGUGAAGAAAAAGGUUGGACGAAAGGAUAGGAGGAAAGUUAAACAUGAUAAAAAAUCAAGGCGGAAGUCCAAAAGAAACUCGGAAAGUUCUAGUGAAACUGGCAGUGGGAGUAGGACCAGCAGCAGCAGCUCUGACGAUGAAAAUGCCACUAACGACAAAUCUGCACGUAAAAGUAACAUAUCACACCUAGAAAUGAAGAAGCUAGCACAAAGUCUUGGGUCAGAGAAGAAAUCACCAACCCCUCUGUUAGGACAAGUUGUCACAGAGCAGAAAAAGGAUGAUGAACUGAAGCAGACAGAUGGCAGCUCAUCUCAUGAAGAGGGUGAAUUUUCUCCGAAGAAUGAUGAUGUUCUGAAAAAUGGUCAUGAAAAUGAAGCUGCCAACCAUAUUGAUCGAUUUGUCAAUUUUAGCAGAUCCAGGAGGCUGACACAGAGUCCUAGAGGGAGGCCAAUGUCCGGUCAUCGAAGCACCCCAAGCAGAAGUCCAGAGAGAACGAUUCCCAGAUUUGAAAACAACAGUAAAAUUUCUAGAUCGUAUGGUCAGCCAAGCAGUAAAAGUCCUUCAAGGAGUCCUGCCCAUAAAGCUCCACCACCAUCCACUUCUAGUUGUGGUCGGGAUUUGUCUAGAAGCCGCUCUCUGAAUGGAACUCCAAAGCGUGUUAGGAAAGGGCGAGGCUUUACUGAACGGUAUGCCUUUGUUAGACGCUAUCGCACACCAUCUCCAGAGCGUUCAAUGGAUAGAUCUUAUCCAUAUGGUGGAAGAAACAUUCAAAGGAACGACAGGUAUUCAAGCUACAGAGAUAAGUUCCAGCGUUCACCACAAAGACGAUACAGAAGCUCGCCAAGAAGAGACAGGAGUCCACCCAGAUAUGAGCGAAAAAGAAGUCCUAGUAGGAGUCGUUCCCGAAGCCCUGGCCCUUACCGUGCCCGGAGAAAACUUUGUAGUAGGAGCCCUGUGCGAAGUCCUAGCCCCACAGCUGCAAUUAGUGGCAGACUAAAAUCUCGUCUUGGGCCGAAAGUGAAUGACCAAAUCCCUCGAAAUAGAGAUAGAUCUCUUUCACGCUCUAGGAGCCGUGGUUCAUCUGCGUCUGAAUCUUCAAAAAAGCGUCCAGGAAAGAAGGCAUCUGUUUCUCCUGGCAGUUCCAGAUCCAGUACCCCUGGUGGUCGAAGGGGAUUAGUCUCGUAUGAAGACUUGAGUCCAGAGAAUGGAACAAAUAAGUGAGGUUAUUGUCUAGAAAAAAAUCUUGGGUUUUUUUGACAAUUCUGUUUCGCUUUCAGCUUAUCUUUCUGAACUUCAUGUGUUAAAUAUUUCAUGUUUAUUAGCAAACUGAAUGUGUAGCUUCGAACAUAUAACCCAUCAAAAUUCUUGUAAACUUUGAUUGCGCUUUGUGGUUUCCAAAUGGCAGUAUAGGCAUUUGAAGCUAUAGAUUUCUAUUUUCGGUU